UUAAGGUGGGCCGCACUGUGAAUCCCUCUGAAUCUCAUUCCUGUGGGAACGGGGCAAGUCGAAUAUCCUGGGAUCGUCUGCUCCAUGUCUUGAGUUAAUGAUAGCAAGCGUUGUCAGCUGUUUCCCUUCAUAUCCUUUCCCCUGCUCUGUCUUAGAAUAGCGCCUCCUGCUUCCUCUGCACAGAAGAUAAAUCCUGCAAAUGGAAGGUUUUUAAGCCCAGACUCUCUCCACCGCGAGAGGCUUUAUCUGUAUAUGUAUUUUUGGAGGGAACACGCUUUUAUAACGGCUGACAUAGGGGUAGAUCGUUAAACUUCCACUUCCCAAAAUACUGCCUCCUGGCCUCGGCGAUGGUGCUUGACCCAGCGGCUCAGGCCUUGGCUGGGCCUCAGAAGAACAAGAGGGCGGGUCCGGCCAAAGUGCUGAAGAAAGCAGCCGAGAGGAAGAGCAGCGAGAAGAACGGGGUCUGCUCGCAGAGCAGCCCUGCUGCCCCACAGGCGGAGGGGCCUUUAAGGACUGCGUCACAGACUACAGGGUCGCUCACUUGCAGCCUAAAGGUGAACCGGGCACUCGGAGCAGGAUCGAGCCUUGUCGGUAAUGGACACUGCAGCUGGAUGAGGCGAAGCGAGAGCUCGUACAGCGUAAACAGCAUGGGCUCUGAUUGCCCCAGGACCAGGAUCAGGAACGCCACGUCUCUCCCGCACAUAGCUAGGUACAGUGCCCGAGAGCCGCCGCCCGUUAAAAGCCCCUGCCUCUUGGUGGCGCUGCGACCAAUAAACGUCGACAAAGAGAAAGAGCUGUUCUUCCAGUCUAACUACACCUACAAUCCUCAGUUUGAGUACUGCGAGCCCCUCAGCAGCAGCAUCAUGAGCAAGUACAGCGUGGCCUCUGAUCGCUUCAUUGAACAGGCUGUUCGGAUCAUGAAGAGCGUGGUGAAGAUGUAUGGCAGCUAUGAGAACUUUGAGGUGGCCACCGGGGGCGCAAUGCUGUCAAAGAGUAAAAUAUGGACCUGUAUCAGAAGUUACAUGAGGAAAGAGGGAUGCUCUGGAGAGGUUGUGGUGCGGCUCAGUGAGGACCUUCUGUCUCAGGCGGUGAUGAUGGUGGAGAACUGCCGGCCCACACUGACGAUUAACCUUGCAGGGGCUCGUCAGUACUGGCUGGAGGGAAUGUUACGCCAUGAGAUAGGGACACACUACAUUCGAGGUGUUAACAACAGCCACCAGCCGUGGCACAGUGCAGCGGGCAGGAAGCUGUAUGGUUUGAAGCCAGCCAACCCAACUGAGGAAGGCCUCGCUAGCCUGAACAGUGUCCUCUACCGCAAGUACCCUUUCCUGUGGCGGGCUGCCCUGCUCUACUAUACCGUCUUCCAGGCUAGCCGCAUGCCCUUCUGUCAGCUCUUUGAAGACAUUGCCAAGUUUGUAGAGGAUCCAAACACGCGAUGGGAGUAUUGCGUGAGAGCCAAGAGAGGUCAAAUGGACACUUCUCAACCAGGUUGUUUCAGUAAAGACCAGGUGUACUUGGAUGGUGUGUUGCUCCUGCUUCGAUACAGAAAGACCAUUGAUUUCAAGAUGCUGGCAGCACUGGGCAAGGUCUCCUUCGAAGAUGUGGAGCAUCUGAAGAAAUGCGCAAUCCUCCAAAACACGCGCAUCCCGCACUUCAUGAGGGAUCAGGCCCGCUACCUGGAUCAGCUACACCACAUCACCGCGGUCAAUGGACUGACAGACGAAGAGUUGCUGCGGCUUAUUCCCAAGUAGAUGGCACUGGUGACGGAAGCGUAUGGGGAUGGAGGAUGGAGCCUCUCAACGGGCUUUCCAUCAGUCUGCUUUUCAAUGCGCUGCUUUAUUGUAGUGCACACACACACAUAUAUACAGACACAUACACACACACAAUAUGAACCCAAAGGCACAGUGGCCUUAAAUUUUUUUGGCGAUGCAUUUGAGCAUCGGUGGACGUUUGUAUGAAAAAUUGUGGAACUGUUUCUAUUGGAAGCUAAAGCCUGGUGCUGCAGCUUCACCCUCUGUCCUUUGUGUGCCAUGCAUUUCCUAUUUAAACUUGUAUUUAUUGUUUGCAAAGGUGCUGCUUUUUAAAAAAAAAAGAUAUUUUAAGCU